CUGUCCUCUGGCCUUCUUCGGCUUCUUGUCCGAAGAUUUAACAUCUCGAAAAAAAAUCAGAAAUUUCUCAGUCUACUGUUCAGAGAAAAAAAUUUCUGGAGAAAAGUUUUUCUCUUCGUGAAUUUGGAAGCGUCAAUUUAAGGUGAGAAGAAGAAAAGCUUGAAAAGAGGAGGGAAAGAAAUAAAUAAUUAACAAAUUCUUUUUUCUUAUUUUAUAUAAUUUAUUUUGUUUUGGUGGCAAAUUGAGCCGUGUUGAGGUUUGUGGUUUCAGUGAAGAACCCUAGGCGAUUAUAAUAAGCUUCUCUUCUCCUAGAUCACGGUUUUUUAUUUGAUGUUGAUGGAUCUACUGGUCUUGUGAGAAUGAUAAGCUGAUGAUGAUGAUGAUGUUACAAGUUUAAUGCAUGUGAAUGAGGAUUCUGCAGUUUAUCUGAACUUCCAAGGAUGCAAAAUCAAGAUGUGUUGUUAUGUGAACGCUUAGUUUUUUGUAACCAACUAAAACAUUAAGCUCAGGUUGGCUCGUUUUCAAGAUACUGAUUCUGUGAGUAGUCGGAUCCUGAAAACAAUUUCUGAAAUUUUUGACAUAACUGAAGCUUCUAGUGGUGUAGUUUUAUGUUUCCAAACAAGGCUUCAAGAGAAAUCAGCUUUCCAGCAGGAACAUAAGCCUAAAUGCAGCAGUCUGGUUACGAUGAGAUGCAGUUGUUGCAGCAGCAGCAGGUGAUGCUCAAGCAACUACAUGCUCUUCAAAUGCAGCAGCAGAACUUUUCAAACCCCUUUUCAUCUACAGCUCAGAAGCAAGCUAACAGUAGCAGGCAGUUUCCACCUCUUCUUAAUGAAAUGCCUCUAAAUGAUUCUUCACAAGGAUAUCUAAAUUGGGCACAGGGUAAUGCAACCCUCGGCCAACAAGGAAUGCUUGAUAGAACAAUGUUCUCAACGGGCUUUGGUUCUCAGCAGCCUGAUAUCUCUCUCUACGGUGCUCCGGUUACUAAUGCUAGAGGUAAUAUGGGUCAACAGCUUCCCAUCCAAGCGAUGUAUCAGGAAAAUGGCAGGGAACAUUUUAAUAACCCUUUCCUUAAAAGUCAAUAUGCUUCAUCUCCACCACAGUUACCUCUACAGCAGGGAACUUUUAUGUCAAAUCUUGGAGUUCAAGGGAGAGGUAUGCCCGAAGCAGGUUCAGUCAAUCUCCUUUCUCAACAAUUUGGCAGUCCUCCAAAAGAUUCUAGUGGAAGGCAGGAGGAACAAGCAAGCUGGUCUUCGUUUCAGCAGAAGGAUACUACUAAGCUAUCUCAAGGUUUGGUUCCUCUUGACCCACUAGAAGAGAAGAUUCUGUUCAGUAUGGAAGAUAGUAGUAUCUCCGAGAUUGCUUCUGGAGUAUUCGGUGACAGUGUGAGUUUCUCUAGUCCUUUCCCAUCAUCUUUGCAGAGUGGGAGCUGGAGCGCGCUUAUGCAGACUGCUGUUGCUGAAGCUUCUAGCAGCGACACUGGUCUCCCUGAGGAGUUUAGUGGCUUAACAUAUCAGAACAUGGAAAUAUCUGCCGACAUUAAUGACAUAUCCAACUUCAUAGACAAUGAUAAGCAACAGUCUGGUUUUGUGAAUACUAACACCUUGCUUGGCUCUUCUUCUUUGAACUCUAGCUUUCCUGGGUUUCAGGUGCCUUCUAAUCAGCUGAGACCAAGUCUCUUUCAGGAUGAUAGUACUCCUGUUUCCACACAGAGGUCCUCGAAUGUGACUGGUCAUUGGGUGGAUUGUAAUUCUCAACCGAAGAUAUCUACAGGUAAUAUGUAUAUGCAGUCCUCAGGGAUGUUUGAUCAGCUACAAUUUCAGACAGGCAUUCAUCGCCCCAAUACAGCUCCGUCGUCUGCAAGUCACUUAGCUGGUAUGUCUUCACUUGUGCCCCGUCAGCUCGGACAAGCAGGGAUGUUUCCACAGUUCAUACAACAGAAUGAUCCGUCUACAGUGUCUGUAUCCCAAAUGCAGAUGACCAAUCCAUUUGUAGCAUCUUUACCUGACAAUGCAACACUUACAGGUGUUAAUUUGGAUCCUGGCCUUGGAGGUCACACCACUAGUCAGACUAGAUCACCCCAACGAGGUACGAAUCAGCAGUUCAAUGUGUGGAUGGACUUACCAACUCGCCAGCAUCUUUUGGAGCAAGAAUCACUCAAAGUUCCUGGUAAGAUAUUGGAAAGUGAUGUCACAACCUGGCAAAAGGCUCAACAUAUGUCGUCCACAGGAUAUAAUAUGCAACCGAAGAUUGGUUUGCCUCAAGAGCAGGGAGCAGCUGAUUUCACUGCCUCCAACAAAGAUUUUAAUAAACUGCAAAUGGAUAGCGGAAUGAGCUCAGUGUCACAGCUUAAGUCAUUUUCGUUCCCUGGCUCAAGGAUGGAACCAAUGGGAGCCUCUAGAAAUGACCAGAUGCAACCUGCACAUGAAUCUCAAGAGAUUCUUGAUCAGUUACCUCAGCAUUCUAAGCCUUUAAACACACAUGCAAAGAUAAUCGCACCAAAGAAACGCAAACUCAUGAGAACUAAGAAGCUGGCUUGGCAUGAAGAAGUCUCCAAUGCACCCCAAAGGGAUUACACAAUCAGUGAGGCAGAACAAGAAUGGGCCAGAGUUGCUAACUUCUUAGCUGAGAAGGCCGAGUAUGAUACACAUACCUUCGCAUUUGCACCGCCAUUGCAUCGUUCAAAGAGAAGACUUGUUAUAACAUCACAGCUUAUGCAGCAGCUAUUUGAUCCUCCACCUUCACUUCUUCUAUUUUCAAAAGCCUCGUCAAGCUAUGAUGUUUUGUGUUUCUUCAUUGCUCGAGUAACUCUUGGUGAUGCUUGCAGCGUUACCCACAAGAGAGAUUAUGGGUUUCCAUCAUCCUCAUAUGAGGUUGACAAGAUACCGAAAAAGAUUGAGGAUGUGCAACAUUCUGAAGUUGCUAAAAGUUUAACAGAGAAAGCAAAUAAACUCAAGGAGAGCUUUGAAAGAGUGGAGAAAACACAGUCAAUGGCAGAAAUAAAAUUCGACAUAGAGGACUUGGAAAGAUUCUCUGUUAUCAACCGUUUCGCAAGGUUUCACAGCAAGGGACCAGUCUCCGGACCAUCCGCUCUUCCAAAACCGAUGCCACAGAGAUACGUUGCAGUUGGACCCAUGCCUAGGAGCUUACCAGAGGGAGUACAAUGCAUUUCAUUAUGAUUCUGUCUUUGCUAUGCAUAUAACCAAAGGAGAACAUACAGUAUCUUAUCUAUAUGUUUUGGUACUAUUCUUUGCCUCCUCGGAAUGCAAGAAUAUAUUGAAAAAACAACCAUCCUCGGAUGACACAACAGCUUAGCUAUACUCCUGCUGCUGUUUCUUUUCCAAUGGAAGUAUAUAUUGUUGUAUUGGGCGUGUGUUUUUGUGUGUUUUGGGUUGAAUAUCAGGUCUCUGCAGGAAGAAUAGGAUGAUCCUUUUUGGUUACAGAUAUGUCUGUUGUUUUGUUUUUGCUAGUUUUAAGCUAUUAACUUAGUUUGGAAGUUAGAAUCUUAUAAACAAUACAUGGAUAAUGACAUUGCCCUUUAUAUAUAUUUUAAAUUUUAUUUCCAAGA